AUGGUGUGUCUUCUAAGGCAAGUGGUGUGCCAAGAGGAAAACAAAAUGGUUCUCACUGUUAAGCAGAAAUUUCAGCUUUUAAAAGUGGUUGAGUUUGGCAUCUCAGUAGCACAAGUAUGCAAGGAAUAUGGUGUUAAGGAACAGUGUAUCAUAUCCUUGAAAAAGGUCAAACUAACAGCUAUGUAUAGGGGAAAGGCUCUGCUGGCCUACAGAGUGAUGACAACGAUAAAAUGGAGAGGACUGCAGAAGUGGCGACGACAGAUAGAGAACUUGGUGGAGGCCGAUGUGGUGGAGGGUGAGGAAUUUUAUAUGGAGGAACAGUCUUUAGGAGAGGCUAAACAUGAAACUUUCCCGGGGAAGCCCUUCACAUGGGAGGGGAAGUACAAUCCUCGCGACUACAGAACCGUUCUCCGCUUAAUAACCAACUCCACUAAGAGGACGUUCGGUGACAUGUUCAAGCGAGCGAUUACUGCAGUAUAUCUGGCUCACUGCCUGAGACUUACAGGCUAUUUUGGCCCAGAUGAUAACGAGGACAAUAUAAUAUUUGCCGCAAGUCUUUUACUCAGGCACUUACAAGGAGGUUCUUGCAAUGCGUAUGAAAUCAGUGAGUUUGAUGUUGGUUCUGAGGGUAUUGCUAGUACAAAGAUGAUUGAGGUGGGUGGAGCUCUGUACACCACCAUCUCCCUCACCAACCACUCCUGUGUCAGUAACACCACUCGUUACAGUGUGGGUGAUAAGUGUGUACUGAGGGCUACCAGGUCCAUUUCUCGGGGUAGUGAAGUUUUCGAUAAUUACGGUUUCCAUUUUUAUUCGGUCACUGUUAACGAACGUCAAGAAGCUCUGUUUAACCAAUAUAAAUUUAAAUGUAUGUGUGAGGCGUGUAAAUGGGCAUGGCCGUUGUAUCCACAUCACCCGGCCGAGACCCUCAUCUUCAGGUGUCCAGCACCCUCCUGUGGUGGCCCCUGCUGCUACUCCAGCAGCAGCCGCUCCAAGUGUAACAUGUGUGGCAACCAACAGCAGUAUACCAAGUUCGUACAAGAAUUAGAGCUACAGUUAAGCAGCUACAGAGAUGCACUAGACAAGUUGAGAAAUGACGACCCGUCGUCUGCGCUGCCUAUCCUAUUGGCCCAUCAAGCCUUCCUGGACCGGCAUGUUGUAGAGCCCGUGAAACACUACACGGACAUACAAGAGGCUACCAAGCAGUGCUACAACUACUUGGGAAAUAUCCAUCAACUUCGGCAGACCAUCACCCUGGCCCAGCCACAGUACCGUCCACCACCUAAGCUGAAGGCGGCGCCCAGGAAGGUUGUCAUGCAUCAAUAGUUCCCAGACUCGAGGCUCCAUCAUACAACCAUUGUAAGAUGUUUGCUCACAAUUCAAGUCAUCCCGGCUACAGGUAAUUCUUACAAAAAUCAUAUAAAAAAGAACAUCUAGUAAAUAAUGUUUUCAUUAAUUAAAAUUAGGAAUUUAAAAUUUAAAA